CUCCCGCCCCCGGCGCUCAGUCUGAGGCGGAGAGCGGAGAGUGCAGAGCUUUGCUGUUUGCUGUUGAAUUCCUUUAACUCCACUUCUGUUACGGGUGUUGUGCGUCUAUUCAAAUGAAGCCCCUCCUCCUCCAGUGAAGCUCCUCCUCCUCCAGUGAAGCUCCUCCUCCUCCAGUUCAGCUGUAAACACUGGAAUAUUCCCAUCAGGCUCCAGUGAAGAGUUUAUUGAAGGACAGCGAGAACAUGAGUGAUCCAGAACCCUGCAGAAUUAAACAUGAAGACACUGAACAACAAAUAGACCUAAUUGAAGAGAAUGAGGAGAUUAAAGAGGAGGAACAUCAUGUCAAAAUUGAGGGAAAAAAUCAUUUACAGACUGAUGGUAUUUUGAAAAGGAGAGGAAAGAAAUGUACCUGCACACAGUGUGGAAAGAGUUUUGGAAAAAAAGGCAAUCUUAAGAUUCACAUGAUGAUCCACACUGGAGAGAAACCAUUCACAUGCACUCAGUGUGGGACGAGUUUCAGCCAAUCAUCACACCUUAAUGAACACAUGAUGAUCCACACUGGAGAGAAACCAUUCACAUGUACUCAGUGUGGGAAGAGUUUCGUCCGCUUGUCAUAUCUAAAUCAACACGUGAUGAGCCACACUGGAGAAAAGCCAUUCACAUGCACUCAGUGUGGGAAGAGUUUCAGCCAAUCAUCAAACCUUAAUCUACACAUGAGGAUCCACACUGGAGAGAAACCAUUUACAUGCACUCAGUGUGGGAAGAGUUUCAACUGCUCAUCACACCUUAAUCAACACAUGAUGAUCCACACUGGAGAGAAACCAUUCACAUGCACUCAGUGUGGGAAGAGUUUCAGACACACAUCAAACCUUAAUCUACACAUGAGGAACCACACUGGAGAAAAACCAUUCACAUGCACUCAGUGUGGGAAGAGUUUCAUCUGCAUAUCCCAACUUAUUCAACACAUGAGGACCCACACUGGAGAGAAACCAUUUGCAUGCUCUCAGUGUGGAAAGAGUUUCAUCUGCUCAUCACACCUUAAUCAACACAUGAGGAUCCACACUGGAGAGAAACCAUUCACAUGCUCUCAGUGUGGGAAGAGUAUCGACUGCUUAUCACACCUUAAUCAACACAUGAGGAUCCACACUGGAGAGAAACCAUUCACAUGCACUCAGUGUGGGAAGAGUUUCAGCCAAUCAUCACACCUUAAUCAACACAUGAGGAUCCACACUGGAGAGAAACCAUUCACAUGCACCCAGUGUGGGAAGAGUUUUAGCCAGUUAUCAUCCCUUAGUAAACACAAAAAAAUCCACAGUGGAGAGAAACUAUUCACGUGCACUCAGUGUGGCAAGAGUUUCAGCCACAGAAGCAAACUUAAGAUUCACAUGAGGAUCCACACUGGAGAGGAACCAUUCACAUGCACUCAUUGUGGGAAGGCUUUCAGCAAAUCAUCACACCUUAAACAACACAUGAGGAUCCACACUGGAGAGAAACCAUUCACGUGCACUCAGUGUGGAAAGAGUUUCAGCCAAUCAUCAAACCGUAAUAAACACAUGAUAAUCCACACUGGAGAGAAACCAUAUACAUGCACUCAGUGUGGGAAGAGUUUCAUCCAAUCAUCACACCUUAAUCAACACAAGAGAAUCCACACUGGAGAGAAACCAUUCACCUGCACUCAGUGUGGCAAGCGUUUCAGCAAAUCAUCACACCUUUAUCAACACAAGUGGAUCCACACUGAAGAGAAACCAUUCACAUGCACUGAGUGUGGGAAGCAUUUCACCCAAUCAUCAAACCUUAAUAUACACAUGAGGACCCACACUGGAGAGAAACCAUUCACAUGCACUCAGUGUGGGAAGCGUUUUAGCCAAUCACCAUCCCUUAAUGAACACAUGAAGAUCCACACUGGAGAAAAACCAUUCACAUGUACUCAGUGUGGGAAGAGUUUCAGCCGAUCAACACAGCUUAAUGACCACAUGAAGAUCCACACUGGUGUGAGAGAGUAUAUCUGCUUGGAGUGUGACAAGACUUAUAUUAGAGCUGUAGAUUUGAAACAGCACCAGAGGAUUCACACUGGAGAGAAACCGUACAAGUGUUCACAAUGCAAUAAGAGGUUUAAUCACUCAGGAACCCUGAAAACUCACGAGAGGAUUCACACUCGAGAGAAACCGUACAAGUGUUCACACUGCAAUAAGAGGUUUAGUCAUUCGGGAACCGUGAAAAAACAUGAGAGGAUUCACACUGGAGAGAAACCAUACAAGUGUUCACACUGCAAUAAGAGGUUUAGUCACUCAGGAAGCAUGAAAAAACAUGAGAGGAUUCACACUCGAGAGAAACCAUAGGCAUGAUCAGUGUCUACAGAGUUUCACUCGUUCGGUGCAGCUUAAAAAACACAUGGGCUGCGUCUGAAACUGCCUACUAGUCAGUAGGUACUGCAUUUGAAUUUAAACGUAAUACUCUGCUGUUAAAAAGUAUGUUCGAUACAGUAUGAAUGGAAGUUGGAUGUACUACAUCUGCCAUUUUGUCAUGAUCAUGUGACUUACCCGUGUUGCGUCACUUCACUCCCAUUCAAGAAUUGUCUUACGGGGCAUCAUGGGAUAGCGUAGCAUCCAUCAGUUGCUCACUUCUGAAGUAGUAAGUCAUCCGGCUACUUCUCGCAUUCUGAUUUUCAAAUUCUCAAUUUGGAUAUACUACUCAGCUCACAUACUGAUUUUAGUGUACUAUAUAGAAUGGAAGUAUGCGAUUUCAGACACAGCCAUGGACAGAAAGCUGCACACACAACAUAAAUGCAGCAAAACAUUUUCUAUUGUGACAGGACGUUUUUAUGUCUAAAUAAUGCUUAAAAAGACUGAUUAAACACAAUGCUGGCGGCUGAGAGAAGAACAGUUUCAUAAACAUCUGGUAAACAGCACCUCUGCGGCAUGUCACAUCUUUGCAGUGUUUUCUGUUAGCUGUGCACAGAUACUGAAUAGCGCAGAUUUGUGCAAGCUCAUAGAAAAGAUGUGGCGUGACUAGGUGGGCUUUUGGUCUAGUGUGUGCCCCCCUCAGAGUCUUUUAAAGUCUCUUUGCGAGUGAUCGUACAGGUGCGGAUACAUCUGUACAGCUCUGCUGCUCCACUCUCCAGUUUAUUCAUGUGGCUAGUGUUGUUGUUUUAGAUGAUGUCCUCUGUCUGACCCCCUGAAUGAGAAACAAAUCGCUGGGAAGAAACUGCACAUCAAACAAGGUGGAGCUCCAGAACAGUUCGUUUGCAGUAUACCAGGGCCUGACGUUUGAAAAACCCAUUCAUUUGUCCUGUGUUGCUUCUUUUAUUAAUAAAGUUUCUUUACUUUUAA